GCCAAAUAAUCAAACACGUUACUCAAUACUCACGUUUGACACCAUUGCUCAAUAAGGUUCGCGUGAGACAACUGAUGACACAAAAAGGAACCAGAAUCUUUGGUCUCAUGUGCCACCUCGCCUAACCUUUCUUCACUCCUUCAACGCUGAUUUAAGGUUUCACUCACACUCUGAUUGCUAUCUUAAAGUUGCUUCAACUCUCAGUGAUUCUAUAUAUGUGAUUUUUCUGGUAGAUUUCUGAAGUUUCAACCUUGCUCUGGUGGUUUGGAGGAGUUGAUUGUGAACUUUGAAGUAUCAGUAUAAGCCUUGUUUAUACAUCUGGUCCACCAAGGUCCUUUGGUUGUCACCAUAAUGGUUUCGAGGUCGUAUUCUAACUUGUUGGAUCUUACUUCAUGUGGCUCCCCAUCUUUUGGUCGGGAAAGGAAAAGGUUUCCUCGGGUGGCCACUGUUGCUGGUGUUCUGUGUGAGCUAGAUGAUGAUACCAACAGUGCUGGUUCUGAUGCUCCCUCUUCCAUCUCUCAAGAAAGGAUGAUCAUUGUGGGUAAUCAGCUUCCUUUACGAGCUCACAGGAAAGAUAAUGGCACGUGGGACUUCGCCUGGGAUGAGGACUCGCUCCUUUUGCAGUUGAAAGAUGGUCUUGGGGAGGAUGUGGAAGUUAUCUAUAUUGGUUGUCUCAGGGAAGAAAUUGAGCCAAAGGAGCAAGAUGAUGUUGCUCAGUACUUGCUUGACAAUUUCAAAUGUGUGCCCACGUUCCUCCCUCCUGAUCUUUUUAGUAAAUUUUAUCAUGGAUUCUGCAAACAACACCUGUGGCCUUUAUUUCACUACAUGCUUCCGUUAUCACCUGAUCUCGGUGGCCGAUUUGAUAGGUCCCUUUGGCAAGCUUAUGUUUCCGUGAACAAGAUAUUCGCAGACAAAGUGAUGGAAGUCAUUAGCCCCGAUGAUGACUUUGUGUGGGUUCAUGACUACCAUUUGAUGGUUCUCCCCACAUUUUUGAGAAAGAGGUUUAACAGGAUGAGGCUUGGAUUCUUCCUUCAUAGUCCAUUUCCUUCCUCUGAGAUAUAUCGAACACUUCCUGUUAGGGAUGAACUUCUCAGAGCUCUUCUGAACUCUGAUCUUAUUGGGUUUCAUACUUUUGAUUAUGCCAGGCACUUCCUCUCCUGUUGCAGUAGAAUGCUUGGGCUUUCUUACCAGUCCAAGCGUGGCUACAUUGGUAUUGAGUACUAUGGUAGAACUGUUAGUAUUAAGAUUCUUCCUGUUGGCAUUCAUAUUGCACAGCUUCAAUCUGUCAUGAAUCUUCCUGAGACAGAAAGAAAGGUUGCAGAAUUACAUGAUCAGUUCAAAGGACGAACUGUGCUUCUUGGGGUUGAUGACAUGGAUAUCUUCAAAGGAAUCAGCUUAAAACUUUUAGCUAUGGAACAAUUGCUUUUACAACAUCCUGAUAAGAGGGGCGAAGUUGUUCUGGUCCAAAUUGCCAACCCUGCAAGAGGCCGGGGGAAGGAUGUCCAGGAGGUACAAAGUGAAACUUAUGCUACAGCAAAAAGGAUAAAUGAUAAAUUUGGAAGGUCUGGAUACACACCUGUAAUCUUGAUUGAUACACCACUCCAAUUUUAUGAGCGAAUUGCCUAUUAUGUGAUUGCAGAAUGUUGUCUUGUUACAGCAGUGAGAGAUGGGAUGAACCUUAUUCCCUAUGAAUAUAUCAUAUGUAGACAAGGAAAUGAGAAGCUAGAUGAGAUUUUAGGGAUUAACACAUCUACAGAAAAAAAGAGUAUGCUGGUUGUGUCUGAGUUCAUUGGGUGCACCCCAUCACUAAGUGGGGCAAUUCGAGUCAAUCCAUGGAAUAUUGAUGCUGUUUCUGAAGCUAUGGAUACUGCCUUAAUGGUCCCAGAGUCUGAAAAAAAGAUGCGGCAUGAGAAGCAUUAUAGGUAUGUUAGCACUCAUGAUGUUGCAUAUUGGGCACGUAGCUUCUUGCAGGAUCUGGAAAGGGCAUGUAAGGAUCAUCUCAGGAGGAGAUGCUGGGGUAUUGGUUUUGGUUUAGGAUUUCGAGUAAUCGCUGUAGACCCAAAUUUCAGGAAGUUAUCAGUUGAUCAUAUUGUUUCAGCUUAUAAGAGGACCAAGCACAGAGCAAUUCUAUUGGAUUAUGAUAGUACCAUGAUGCAACCUGGAUCAAUCAGCACAGCACCAAAUUCUGAAGCUGUAAGCAUCUUGAACAGCUUGUGCAGGGACACCAAGAAUGUUGUUUACAUAGUCAGUGCAAAGGAGAGAAUGAUUCUUACUGAAUGGUUUUCUUCUUGUGAAACUCUGGGAAUUGGUGCAGAGCAUGGUUUUUUUGUGAGGACAAAUCGAGAUGCAGAAUGGGAAACUUGUGUUUCUGUUCCAGAUUUUGACUGGAAACAGAUUGCUGAGCCAGUAAUGCAGUUAUACAUGGAAACAACCGAUGGCUCUAACAUAGAGGCCAAAGAGAGUGCUCUCGUUUGGAAUUACGAGUACGCUGACCGAGACUUCGGUUCAUGCCAGGCUAAGGAGCUUUUAGAUCAUCUUGAAAGUGUUCUCUCUAAUGAGCCUGUUUCUGUUAAAAGUAGUUCAAACGUUGUGGAAGUUAAACCUCAGGGUGUGAACAAGGGCAUUGUAGCAGAACAUCUUCUCUUAAGGAUGCAACAAAAAGGAGUACUCCCGGAUUUUGUUUUAUGCGUUGGGGACGACAGAUCUGAUGAGGACAUGUUUGAGGUUAUAACAAGUGCAAAAGCCUCACUUUCUCCAGUCGCCGAAGUGUUCCCUUGUGCCGUUGGGCAGAAACCUAGUAAGGCCAAGUAUUACUUGGAAGACCCAAGUGAGAUUCUGAGAAUGCUGCAAGGCCUGUCUAAUGCUUCUGAAAAGUCUGCUAGAAGUUCUUCCCUGUCUUCUCCUUAAGCUUUUUGGUAUCUAGCAUACUUUCUCCAGAGGCUCUAAUCUAUAUUGGGGUGUGCUCUUCAGAUUUCUUGACCAUCUUAAUAUGCAGAAGUUAUCCCAACAUCAUUACCAACUACCAAAUGUAUCUAGGUUUUGUGUUGGCAAGUUGAUAAAGCAUGUAGUGGAGCUAUUGGUUCUAAUCUCUAAUAUCUGCUCUGACCAUUUUAAUGUAAAAUAAAGUGAUUCUUAGCUUGGAAUGAAUUAUGAGAUUGUUAAUGCACUAUAUCAAGUGCAUAUUCGAUAGUGAUAAGGACCAUGCUGGACUAGAGUACAGAUGCUCUUGUAAAAUUUGCAAGCACUUCUGUUUCUUGUGUUAUUCUGUUAGUAAACAAUGCAAGCUCUCUUUGGUUUUACCACCUAUUUGAUAUAGGGUGGCAGCUUCUAAAUUACUGAAUUGAAUAAAACUCAACAUUUGUGUAGUA